GGCUUUUAUUUAGAAAUAAGAUUUAACUUGCAUUUUAGAUCGAUUUUUGUAUUUAUUCCUUAAAACGAAAGGAUAUUAUUUUUAUGGUAUUUGCAGAAAUUGAAAAUAUAUAAACUUAUUUAUAAUUUGCCCUAUCACAUCAGUUUGAUACAGAAUGCCGGAAAUUGACUUAAAUAAUGUUUUGUGUGUAUCGUGUUUGUGUAUAGGAAGAAGAUUACAAAGACUAAGUGAAAGUUUAAAUAAGUUUUAUAUGGAUGCUCUAUACGAAAUACCGCUGUCCAAUGUAGACUGUAUAGAUCCAGUUGUGUGUUGGGAGUGUGAAGCAAUUUUAAAGAAAUGUCUCUCCUUCCGUGAGCAAGUAAAGGAUUCAUAUAGAAUUCUGCAAACUUACACAGUAGAGAACCUAAAUGAAUGUCUACUUAGUGAUGUGUCUCGUCCACCAAGAUUAAUUAUUCAUAGCAAUGAUUCAGUUAACAUAAACCCAUUUAACGAAGUUAAAGUUGAAUUUGAAACAGAUAUAUUAAAAACUGACACAGAUUACCAAUUAUCAGAUACAGAUGACAUAAAUAAUGAUGAGAUACAGACAGUUUUGUGUGAUAUUAAAAAUGAAUUUGUGUCAACAGAAGAUGAGAAAGACAGUCUUACGAUGAAAAAUUUUGCUGACAUAAAAGAUGAAAAAACUGACUUCGAUUCACUAGUAGAAAAGAGAGAUAUGAAACAGAAUAACAAGAGAAAGUUAAACCGAGAAAGAGAUAAAGGGAGAAGCAAAAUUAAGGCUGAUUCAAACAAAUAUCCAACUUAUAAAACCUUACCGAGACAAGUUAUACAUAGAAAGGAUCAAGUUCAAAGAACACCAGAGCUUAAACCUCACAAGAAAAGGGUUCAAUGUGGCGAAUGUGAUAAAACAUUUAGUCAUCGUGCUGGUCUGAUGAAUCAUCGCAUAACGGUGCACGAAGCUCAAAAUGAAUUCCCAUGCAAAGUGUGCAAAAAGGUGUUCAGGUGGAAGACAAGUUUAAAACGACAUCUGGAGAAACACGCGGCUAAUACUCAAACUCCUGAAGCAUUUUGUUCGCUAUGUGGUAUCGGGUUUGGGAGUGUAGCAUCACUACAGCGACAUCUUAGAAACAGUUUGAAACACGUGACGCCGGAUCAACUUAAAUUCAUAUGCGAUCAUUGUAAGCGUCGUUUCGCAGACAAAACGAAAUUGCGAGAUCAUAUAGAAGACAAACAUUUACACAGAACAUAUAAAUGUUAUAUAUGUGAUAAGCCGUCAAAAAACCGGGUUGGAUUGGAACAACACAUCCGUAACGUGCAUAAGGGAAGACCAAACAAUAAAAUGUGUCAUCAUUGUGGAAAGGGAUUUCCGACAAAAGUCCAGCUCGAAUCCCACAUCCGAACACACACAGGCGAGAGGCCAUUUAUCUGCGAAUAUUGUCCUACGACCUUCUCACAACAAUCGAACUUGUAUAAGCAUCAUCGGCAGGUCCAUCAAAGUAUAAGGAUAAGAAAAAAGAAAUUACCCGCAAUGAAGAAAAAUGAUCACGAAAGCACUGAAGAUCCCGUCUUGCCCAUAGCCGUUAUACAAUACAUGGCACUACCAGACAAUGUGUUCACUGUAUGAAAUUAAAACUACCCUCAUUGUGGAAGCAGCUGUCCACAGAAGUAUAGUAAUGCGACUUUAUGUCCUUCAAGAAAAGAGCGUACCAAUUCUUAAAAAGCCGGCAACGCACUUGCGAGCCUUCUGACAGUGUAGGCGGCGGUAUCACUUCACAUUAAAUAUCCUGCCCAUUUGCCACAUGUUUAAAAAAAUUACACUAAAAUCCUCAGGACAGUUCUCAAUGGCGUUUAAAAUAAUAUAUAGAAGUAAAUUAU